GACCGAGCCGAGCCGAGCCGCUCCGACCCGCUCCGCUCCCGCCAUGAUCGCUUCGCACCUCCUCGCUUACUUCUUCACCGAGCUCAACCAUGACCAGACACAGAAGAUCGACAAGUACCUGUACCACAUGCGGCUCUCGGAUGAGACCCUCCUGGAGGUGUCCCAGCGCUUUGAGAAGGAGAUGGAGAAGGGGCUGGGGGCCGAUACCAACCCCACCGCCUCGGUGAAGAUGCUGCCCACCUUCGUCAGGUCCACCCCGGAUGGGACAGAGGACGGGGAUUUCCUGGCGCUGGACCUCGGCGGCACCAACUUCCGCGUGCUGCGGGUGAAGGUGUCGGACAACGGGCUGCGCAAGGUGGAGAUGGAGAACCAGAUCUACGCCAUCCCCGAGGAGCUGAUGCGCGGCAGCGGGGUGCAGCUUUUCGACCACAUUGCUGAGUGUUUGGCCAACUUCCUGGACAAGCUGCAAAUCAAAGACAAGAAACUCCCCCUUGGCUUCACCUUCUCCUUCCCGUGUCACCAGACCAAGCUGGAUGAGAGCAUCCUGGUGACGUGGACGAAGGGGUUCAAGUGCAGCAGCGUGGAGGGGAGGGACGUGGUGUCACUGCUGCGCAAGUCCAUCAGGAAAAGAGGGGACUUUGACAUCGACAUCGUGGCCGUGGUGAAUGACACCGUGGGAACCAUGAUGACCUGUGGCUACGAUGACCACAACUGUGAAGUUGGCCUCAUUGUUGGUACUGGUACCAACGCCUGCUACAUGGAGGAGAUGAGGCACAUUGACCUGGUGGAGGGGGAUGAAGGUCGGAUGUGCAUCAACAUGGAGUGGGGGGCCUUUGGUGACGAUGGGGUGCUCAACGACAUCCGCACCGAGUUCGACCGUGAGAUCGACAUGGGCUCGCUCAACCCUGGCAAACAAUUGUUUGAGAAGAUGAUCAGCGGGAUGUACAUGGGGGAGCUGGUCAGGCUCAUCCUGGUGAAGAUGGCCAAGGAAGGGCUGUUGUUUGGGGGGAGGCUCACGCCGGAUCUGCUCACCACCGGCCACUUUGAGACCAGAUUUGUCUCUGCCAUUGAGAAGGAGAAGGAAGGGCUGCAGAAAGCCCACGAGAUCCUGAGCAAGCUGGGGCUGGAGCCGUCGCACGAGGACUGCCUGGCCACGCUGCGCAUCUGCCAGAUCGUGUCGACGCGCUCGGCCAGCCUGUGCGGCGCCACGCUGGCCGCGGUGCUGCGCCGCAUCAAGGACAACAAGGGCGUGGAGCGGCUGCGCUCCACCGUGGGCGUGGACGGCUCUGUCUACAAGAAACACCCGCACUUUGCCCGUCGCCUCCACAAGACCGUGCGGAAGCUGCUGCCGGACUGUGAGAUCCGCUUCAUCCGCUCCGAGGACGGGAGCGGCAAGGGAGCGGCCAUGGUGACAGCGGUGGCCUACAGGCUGGCUGCACAGCACAAGGCCCGGCAGAAGAUCCUGGAGCCCCUCAAGCUGAGCCACGAGCAGCUGCUGGAGGUGAAGGAAAGGAUGAGGAUAGAGAUGGAGAAAGGGCUGGGCAAGGAGACGCACGCAGAGGCCACGGUGAAAAUGCUGCCCACCUACGUGUGCUCCACUCCUGAUGGAACAGAAAAGGGAGAUUUCCUCGCCCUGGACCUGGGAGGAACCAACUUCCGCGUGCUGCUGGUGCGCGUCAGGAACGGGAUGCGGCGCGGGGUGGAGAUGCACAACAAGAUCUACUCCAUCCCUGUGGAGAUCAUGCAGGGGACGGGAGAGGAGCUCUUUGACCACAUUGUCCACUGCAUCUCCGACUUCCUGGAGUACAUGGGGAUGAAGGGCGUGUCGCUCCCGCUGGGAUUCACCUUCUCCUUCCCUUGCCAGCAGAACAACCUGGAUGAGGGAAUUCUCCUGAAGUGGACAAAAGGUUUCAAGGCGACGGGCUGCGAGGGAGAGGACGUGGUGGGCCUGCUGAAGGAGGCCAUUCACAGGAGAGAGGAAUUCGACCUGGACGUGGUGGCAGUGGUCAAUGACACAGUUGGCACCAUGAUGACCUGUGGGUAUGAGGAUCCCUACUGUGAAGUUGGGCUGAUUGUUGGCACGGGCAGCAAUGCCUGCUACAUGGAGGAGAUGAGGAACGUGGAGCUGGUGGAAGGGGAUGAGGGCAGGAUGUGUGUCAACAUGGAGUGGGGGGCCUUCGGGGACAGCGGGUGCCUGGACGACAUUCGGACGGAGUUCGACGUGGCGGUGGAUGAGCUGUCCCUCAACCCUGGGAAGCAGAGGUACGAGAAGAUGAUCAGUGGGAUGUACCUGGGGGAAAUCGUCCGCAACAUCCUGAUGGACUUCACCAAGAAAGGGCUGCUCUUCCGGGGACGGAUCUCGGAGAGGCUGAAGACCAGAGGGAUCUUUGAGACCAAAUUCCUGUCCCAGAUAGAGAGCGACUGCCUGGCCCUGCUCCAGGUGCGCUCCAUCCUGCAGCACCUGGGGCUGGAGUCCACGUGCGACGACAGCAUCAUCGUGAAGGAGGUGUGCACGGUGGUGGCGCGGCGCGCGGCGCAGCUCUGCGGCGCCGGCAUGGCCGCCGUGGUGGACAAGAUCCGCGAGAACCGCGGCCUGGACUUCCUCAAAAUCACCGUCGGCGUGGACGGGACGCUCUACAAGCUGCACCCUCACUUCUCCAACAUCUUGCACGAGACAGUGAAGCAGCUGUCCCCCAAGUGUGAAGUGACCUUCCUGCAGUCGGAGGACGGCAGCGGCAAAGGCGCCGCGCUCAUCACGGCCGUGGCCUGCCGCAUCCGCGAGGCCGGGCAGCGGUAGAGGGAAGCAGGUUUGCCCAAGAGCUUGGUUUCAGCAAAACAGGACGUUUCCUCACCCAAUCCCUCCCUCUCUGCACACACUCACACACCCAUGCACCCCCUCCUCUCCAAGCAGACUCGUAGCUUUACUUGUUCUCCGAGGCACCGCGGUGGGACUGGAGACGCCGUGGGCUCUGUACAAAGUCUUGUUGUAGGAGUUUCCUUGCAUGCCAUAAAACACACCACCUGUCGAGUAAAGCUCACAGUGUCUUUUGGCUUCUCCCUGCAUUUCCAGGUGGAGCUGGAGCUGUCCCAUGCACAGCCUCAGUCACACCCAGCUCUCCUCCCACCACUCCGAACCACUGGCCCUCCCCUAACAGCAGUAGGGAUAACACUCGGAUAAUUAAGACACUGCAUUGUCACUUUAACAGUACCUAUUUAUGUAUGUCGGAGUCGUAGCUGUCUGUGCUGUAGAAGCAAACCUCUAAGAUUGGGCUAAAGACCUCCACUAGUCUUUUACCCUGAUCAAGGCUGUAUUAUUUCCAUGAAAGUCAUGGUAACUCUUAAAGCACAGGGUGCAGAAUUCCACGGGCGUGGCCGCGGCUGCACUGGAGGUACCACGUAUCUCCCUUGGUGAGCAAUACUAGAGAAGCUGCUGGGGCUGCCCCUCGGCCGCUCCGGCAGAGCACGUGCCUGGAAAUAAUUGGGGACUCAGGGUCUAAUCCCAUUUCCUGACCUCUCACCCGCACCCUGAGUAGCCUGUAGGAACGUGGCGUGUACGUAGGGUUGUGUUUCACCCCUGGACACACUCCCCCUUCCCUGGUGCAUGUGUGGGCACGAGGAGCCGCUGCCACGGGUCCGUGUCUCCCCUGCCAAGCCCCACACUCGUGGCCGUGUGUCUGCCCUUGGCGUGGAGAGUCUGGUUUGCUUUGUGUCUGUGAAAUAGUUCUGCGGCUGCAGCCUUUAGGUGGCACCUGGAUUUAUACACUGUAUAUUUAUGUUUUAAGAGAUCUGAUGUGUUUUUAUGUACAUAGUCUUGGGGGUUGUAUCACUUAGUUUUAACAUCACCUUUUCAUGUUGUUGAAGAACAGUACAGAGUAAUUAUUUUCUUUUUCUUUUUUCUUCUGUCGUGUAAUUUUUUUUUAAUUUAAAUUUUUCUUGGGGUAGACUGGAGAAAGAGACCCAAAUACCUGAGGACUGUUGUACAAGAUGUUUGGGCAUUCUGACUUUAUCACCAGGACAAAAGGGAAAGCAGAAAGCCAGGGACACGGCGUGCAGGAGCAGCAGGGCCCUGUGGUGAUGCCGUUGGCUUCAGGCUGGGUUUAAUCUUAGGAGAGGUUUUAUUUUGUCCCCUGCCCUCCCCAGCUGUACUCUGAAAGGUCACAUCCAUGGGUGGGUGACAACCCAGGGCCCUGCAGGGCUCUCGACCUCACGUCACCGUCCUGGUCGAGCGCUGGCACCGGCCAAGCCGAGCUCCUCUCUCGGUGAGGUGGCAGCACUGGUGUCACUCCAUGCCCAUGUGUCACUCCAUGCCCAUGUGUCACUCCAUCCCCAUGUGGCAUCCUCAGGGCUGCCUGAUGGUGUCCCCAGGGACCCCCGUGGCCGCAGCAGCACUUUUGUGCCAUGGCCCAAUUGCAGGGAUCCAUUUUUGCCAACAGGAAACUCUGGAUGAACUAAAAGCUGCAGGUCUCUGCCUUAGUGAGCCAAGGCAGACAGGGGGAGGAGGGUUUCUGUAAAUAUUUAGCAGGAGUUAAUGAAAUUCCAGUGAUGUACAAAAGAAAAUAAUAACUAAUAAUCCCCACAAACAGCCCUUCAGAUUGGAGGAUAGAGUUUUUGUCUAUUUUUAUGUAUAUUUUUAUACUGCUUGGGGUAACCUCAUUACCAAAAGUCUCUCUUCUGUGUUGGGGGUCAAGUUCAGUAGCACAAUUUUAAAGCAAAAAUUACUCUUUUGGGCAUUUUAAAUGCUUAUUUUUUAUAAGCCUCAAGACAAUUAUAACAAAUAAAAUCUAUGUAUAGAAAUGAUGUAAGAAACCAAGUUUAGUGGAAGUAUUAGAAGCUGUCAAAUAAAUAUUUGAAGGAUGAUACAGAAAACCUCUAAUCUGGUACCAAGCAGUUUUGUGUGAUUUUUUUCCUCAGAAAACCAGCAUUUUGCCUACUGAAAAAUCAAAACAGGAAUCUUUAUAGCUGCUGCACUGUGCAGAGUUGCAUUAGUGGCUGUUUUUACUCUUAGCCAGCUGUACCCCUUCUGAAAUCCAUAGUGUUUUCAUCAGUUAGUGAGUGAAAUUUUAUACAACGGUAGUUUUGGGGGCAGAAUGGGAAGGAUUGGGGACCUGAGCAGCCCUGCUUUUGAUUCAGGCUCUGCUGGAGCAGGGGACUGACAGGGUAAGAGGGAAAUUGGGGAGCUGAGGUACCUGGCCUGGAGCAAGGUCACCACAGUCCCCUCACCUGUCUGGGAUGACAGAGGGGCUUGUAACUCCACAGGCGUGAGGAAGGAUCACCCUGAGCUUGCAGGGUGGUGGUGGAUUUUUGGCUGGGCUUGGUCAGAGGGAUACCCACCUGAGUAUCCAAGGCUCCUGUAAUGCUGGAAAGCUUUUGCUUGGGCUCAGAAUCAAGCAGGGUCUGGAAUGCUCCCAGUUAAAAGCAGUACUUGAAUUGUUACAAGACACCUGUGUUACCUGUGGGUGCAGAUCCACCCUCCUGGGGCUGCAGGGAGGUUUGGGGAACACCUGGAGCAGUUUGUGCUCCCCGGGGUCCCCAGGGGGAUGAGCACUGGAGGUGUUGGAUGUACAGUCUGACUCUGACGGCUGGGACUGGAACCUCAUGCCAAAACGUUGCCAUAGGAUGUUCUGUGAAUGUGUUUAAAAUGAAGAAGGGAAGAUUAAAUCCUAAUUAUUGAUAUGAAGGGAAGAUCAAAUGAUUAUCUGUAGGGACAGAGAGACAGACUGCUUAGCCUGAUUUGCCUAGUCUGUGUCUUCCCUGCAGCAAGAAGUGCUGCUCUGUGGAUUUAGGAUGAUUUUGUUUUGCUUGGUUGUUCCCAUCUGGAUGCAUUUUCUUUGCAUUCCCGGGGUGCUGGAAUGUUCUCUGGCCACGCAGGCAGCAGGGAACAGAGUCUCUGCCCUUCCCUCCCUGGCAAAUCUCUCCUUGUUGGUACUUUGGACAGGAUUUUAUUGGGUUUUUAAAAUAUAUAUAUAGGUAUAUAUAAACACAAUCAGCAAAUUACUGAGCCUUGCAAGCAUAAUUUUCCUCUUCCUUUCCUGGAGUCCAAGGCUGGGAGGGAGAAGCUCCUGCUCAGUGGCCCGAGGGCUAUCAGUGGGGCACAGAUCUCUGGCCUGGCAGCAGCUCUGGUGCAGUUUGACCCUGAGAGAUAACUCGAGAUAACUCCUCGGUGCCUGUUCUCCCUUAUCAGGCAAUCCAAACCCAUCUGGCUGUCAGAGAGAUAAGAGGGUGAAAGGUCCAAGUGCGUGGGAGGGGAGAGGUGUAAAAAGGGGGCAAAAUGCACUCGGCAGGGGUUGUGAGGUCCAAGGUAACAACAAAACCUGGAGGGGCCCCAGUCCCUGCCCUCCAGAUAAGGAAAAUGCCUGCUUUGGGCAGAUCAUUCGCAUGCUCUGGUAGAAAAAUGGGCACUGGAGGCAGAAAGAGGCAAUUCCUGUUCUAAAGGUAAUUUGGAGAGAGGAAAACUCUUCCCCUUGUGACAUCCCUGACCAGCCUGAAAUUUUUCUGGCCUGAAGCAAAGAAAAUGCAUCCUGAUGUGGGCGCUGGCUCCGUGCGGGCAGGGGAGUCAUAAAGCCAAAGACUGUGCGGCUGCUGGCAGAAACGAGUGCUGUAGAUUCACCUGAUGUUGUUCUUUCGUGUUUACAAUAUUUAUUUUUAGCAAUUGACUGCAAUGAUAUUAUAUAUAGGCUUCCUUAUUUUUGUACUUUUCAUACCGUUUUCCUGAGUGUGGUGUUGUACUGCCCAGCUCCCCUCGGCCACCACUGCUGCUCCUAGUCAGUGACAAUAAACGAGAGAAAAACAACCACCACCCACUUCUGGGGUCAGUGUCGUGUGUUCCGGCCUCUGUGCUCCCCUCUCUGCCUCGGCAAUCCCUGAGGAAGGGCACUGUGCCCACCCCAUCCCAAAUCCCUGGUCCUGGCCCCUGGGAAGAGGGACCCAGCUGGGAAGGGAGGUGUUCCCUUGCACUGACAGUGCCCCCACAGCCAGGAGGGCACAGGGAGACCCAGGACAAAAAAUACCAAGAUGAGUUUCCUGCUCCACAUUCCACAUCCUGGUGACACUGGGUGGGUCCCAGCAGUGGGGGAGCCCUGGGAUCCAGAGGGCAGAGCAGGAUCAGGCUCUUGCAGGGGUACAAAGCCCUGCACAGCUGAAUCCACCCCCAGCUCAGACUCUGAUGUGCUGCAAAAAACCACCUGGAUUUGAGGUACCUGUUCCCUCUGCCAUUAGCCAGCAGCCCCUGUUGCUUUCCUCGGAAUCAAUUUUAAGGAGUGGGUAGUUCUAAUUAAAACCAGACUAAAGUAUCUAAAUACAAUUAAUUCAAUAAAUAAAUUCAUUGCGACAGCAGCUGAACACCUGAAAGUGCUUCUGCUCUCCUGCCAAAACUGUGACACAACACAAGAUCACACUGAGGUGAUGAAUCCACAGGGUGAAUCUAACACAAAAAGCUCUUCCCAGCAGGAAAGGAAAGACAUGGGCAAGUAUUCCACUUGAAAUCAUUUAUUGACACAUUGCCCAACACAUUUUUAUCCUUGUUAUAAAGUACAAAUGUUUUUAUAUUUUUCUGACAUUAAAAAAAUAGGCUGACGAGGCAAAAUUCCCAGUUUGAAUCAAAAAAUCCUGCUGUUAAGAAUUCAAAAUUGUAGGAGACAAACAUAAAACCCAACAAAGACUGAACAGAGUGUACCAUGACACGACUCAUCCAUCAAACCAAGUGGAGAGGAAUCUCUUGUUCCCAGCUCUGCCUUUGGAUCCUGUGACCUUGCUGAACUGAUGUGAAGUUGGUGUUACAUAUACAACUUGAAAGGCACUCAAAAGUCACAAGUUCCUGAGCUAACAUGGGAUGUAUUCCCAAGGUAACAGCUAAAACAAGCCACAGAAAAUGUUUAAAAACUGGUAUUUGGUUUGUGUGAGUAGAGCCAGCACUCAGCAGAACUCCAGCUGAGAGCUGCUGCUGACACAACUCAAGCGAUGUUGAGGACAUUGGAGUAUUUGCUGUACAUGGAAAAAUAAUCCAUUUAUGAACAUCCUUAUUAGUAAAUUAACUUGCUAAAAGACAGAGAAUCAUUGUCUGCAGUGUUAGAACAAGCCCAAGAAUGAAAUGUGUAUGUGUGAGCUGCAAAAAAGGCUUAAACCCAGCAGAUGGAAAAGACUGUGCAGUUAAAUAACUGAAGUUGAGAGGCCACAUUUACAGAGAUUACUUGGCCCUAAUGGAAAAGGACCAGGAAAAAAAGCAAAAUAUGGAUCUGGUAUUUACAGAUCAGUUAUUUAAAAACCCAACAAA